AUGUCCGUUCCUGAUCCGUCGGCUACGCCGACUAUUUCCACUGCUAUGGCCCCGUCUCCUUCAUCCGCCGACGAGACCCCGUCCCCGACGGCCUCGAAUGCCACCACGUCCUCCGCCAACCGGCGCCCUCAGCGAAAGAGCACCUUGACCCAACAACAGAAGAACAACAAGCGCCAACGCGCCACCCAGGACCAAUUGGUCACUCUGGAAGUGGAAUUCAACAAGAACCCUACGCCGACCGCGGCCACGCGGGAAAGAAUUGCCCAGGAUAUCAACAUGACUGAGCGGUCGGUUCAGAUUUGGUUUCAAAACAGACGUGCCAAGAUCAAGAUGCUUGCGAAGAAGAGCAUUGAAACCGGCGAAGGCUGCGACUCGAUCCCCGAAUCGAUGCGCCAGUACCUGGCCAUGCAAUUUGAUCCGAGCAAACCUGGUGCGCGCGAUCCUUUUGGCCGCACCGGAGGCUACGGAACCAGCGGCGCAUUCCCCAACGAAGCCACUCCCUCGGGGAAGGUGGUGAUCCACCACUUCACCUGUCGAUCCCUGACAAUCGGUAGCUGGCGGCGCAUCGGACAGAAUGCCAUGGACCUGGUCGUCUUUUACUCCCCGGAGAAGGCCUGCAUGACGUAUUACAUCAACAAUGACUCGGCCGGAUACAAGAUCGAAUACCCCUUUUCCCAUAUCAAGAACAUCACCCUGGAGUCCGGAGACCAAUCCAACCAGGCCAGUGGCGUCCCCUCUCGUCCUGGUGGUCUCGUGGUGGAACUGAACCGCCCACCCAUGUUUUACAUGGAUUCCUCCAACUCGGGUGGUUUCUACCAGUGCGGCGAUUUCACGGAGGACCAGCAGGCGAGUCAGUUGAUGGUUCACCACCUCGGAGGUCACCCCAAGGUUCUCAGCGUUCAAUUGGCCAAGCUGGUGUCGUUGGAGUCCUUCCAGAACCGUCUGGCCUACGGCAACUUGCCCAUGAACGCACCUGUUUCUACGCCUCCCUUCAUUCAGCGGCCCGCCUCGCAACCGAACCAGUUUGCGCCGCCGCCGGCCUACCUGGGCCUGUUCCAGGACAACCACUCGCAUCUGACCGUCCAGGCGGCUCGAGGACACAAGCGUCAGCGCAGCCGGUCCGUUCCCGUGGCCGUCGACUUUUCUGCCAUGCAGGCGCCGCUGCCUUCGUACAACAUGCCACAGACCCCGUCUCCUUUCCAUCACGCGGAGUCGAGCAUCUAUGCGCCGGUUCCUCAGCAGGCCCAUCCGUUGGCGAUGAACCUCCGUAUCGAUACCUCUGCCGCCUACGGAUUUGACCCGCGCCAUCCCAUGUCGGCGGCCACGACGGCCUCUCCUUCCGAUUUUGCCAGCCCUUCCCUUUUCACGGCCGGGGCGGGUGAUUCCACUCCCGUUGCCUCAAACAUGGGCACUCCGUUUAACAUGUCCUUUGUUUCUCCCCAGGUUGAUUCGUCGAGCCUGGCGCAGUCGACAUCCCCGUACUCCGCCGUCGGCCAUGCUGACCCCUUGAUCGCGGACCAUUCGCCUCCGCUGUCAACGAUGCAUCACGCAUCCCAGGAAAUGUAUGGCUUGGGUAACGACCACCAGGCCAACUUUGCCGACGAGGGCAUGUCGAUGAACAACAUGUAUCCCAAGCAUAACAUGAACUUCACCGUGCCGACCUCGAUGGGAUUUGAGGGCAACACUUUUGAUUUGCCCAUCCAGAGUGUUGGGAGCCAUUCUUCCCCUGGCGUCCAGGGCAACUACCAAGGCAUGAGCUCUUUGGACAAUGUCGACCCCAACACUAUGGGCCCGAGAUCGUGA